UUCCGCUUUCUGUCAGGCUGACGUCAUUGUCUAGACCUUGAAAGUUCGGUCCUCUCAGAGCAGAAGCACCGAGGAGUAGGAGAUCUGUUCCUGCUUCUGGUCGGCGAAAACAUAACAGGUCAUUCGGCACUAUGAGUCAGCGGACGGAGCGACGGGGCAUACACGUGGACCAAUCAGACCUACUGUGCAAAAAGGGAUGUGGUUACUAUGGAAACGCAGCUUGGCAAGGCCUGUGCUCCAAGUGCUGGAGAGAAGAGUACCAGCGGGUACGGCAGAAGCAGAUCCAGGACGACUGGGCCUUGGCAGAAAAGUUGCAGCGUGAAGAGGAGGCGGCGUACGCCAGCAGUCACGGAGCGCAUUCCCAGGCAAACACACCCCAGCAGCACCCAGGACACACCUCUCUGGGACCCUUCUCCAAGUUUGAGGAAAAGAAGACCAACGAGAAGACUCGGAAAGUGACAACCGUUAAAAAAUUCUUCAGCCCAUCAUCACGCACCGCAUCCAAGAAAGAAACCCAGGAGGGCAAGACGACCAGUCCUUCCAUUAGCCGCCAUGCCAGCUUUGAUACCGACCAAGUGUCCAGGGACUUUUUAGAGUUCUUAAAGAAUCUUCAAAAACCUGGUCGUGAGAUCCACAAGCAGUGCAGAGCUUUUCUUGUGAACAUGUCAAGCAAGAAGCAGGACCUGAGCGCUGAUGAACUCUCGGAGUGUGUUCAGGAUUUUUACCAGGGCUUGGCCGAUCGCUUGAUGAGUCACUUUAAAGGCUCUUCAGAAUCUGUGGAGCAAGUGAUGGACCAAGUGGAAAAAUACAUCAUGACUCGUCUGUAUAAGAGUGUUUUCUGCCCUGAGACAACCGAUGAUGAGAAUAAGGACUUGGCCACACAGAACAGGAUAAGGGCUUUACACUGGGUGACCAUCCAGAUGCUCUGCGUGUCCAUGGAUGAAGAAAUCCCUGAAGUCUCUGAGAAUGUGGUCAAGGCAAUAACAGAUAUCAUUGAGAUGGACUCAAAGAGGGUUCCUCGGGACAAACUUGCGUGCAUCACACGCUGCAGUAAACACAUCUUCAGCGCUAUUAGGAUCACCAAGAACGAGCCGGCGUCCGCCGACGACUUUCUCCCCGCGCUCAUUUACAUCGUGCUCAAGGCUAACCCUCCACGACUUCAGUCCAACAUCCAGUACAUCACUCGAUUCUGCAACCCCAGCAGGCUGAUGACCGGAGAGGACGGAUACUACUUCACCAACCUGUGCUGUGCAGCUGCCUUCAUAGAGAAGUUAGAUGCUCAGUCUCUCAACCUUUCCCUGGAGGAAUUUGAGCGGUACAUGUCGGGCCAAGCUUCCCCACGAUGCAGCAGCUCAGAGGGCGAGUGGCCCCACUCUGGUCCAGAAGUCCGCGUGGCUGCCACCAACCCAGUUCUGGCACAGCUCAAUCACAAUCUGGAGCUGCUGUCAGGGCUAAGCAGUCGGCAGGAGGCCCUGAUGGAAGCUGCUCAGAGCCUCCAGGCUGAUCUCCUCCUCUGGACUCAGAGUGUGCAGCAGGAGGUGCAUGACAUACUGGAGAAAUACCCACUGGAAGGUCUUUCCUCCACUGUUUCUGCCAUUGAUACAAACAACAUGGACAACAACAACCUGCCAUCACCCCUCAAACCCCAAGUGUUUGCUAGCUAGAGAAGCCGACACAUUUCAACAUUUAGACUAGAGUACACCUACUUGAAAAGGUCAGCUCACGUAACCCUGUGUACUGACUUCAUUAACAGGCAAAACAUCAUGCACAGUAUGAUUAUAAGUCUCCUUUUACUGAGUUCUCACUACUAAAACCCAGCUGCAUUAACAUUUAAACCUUAACAUUUCAGUAUGAAGGUUUAGUCAGUACAUUUUUUCAUUUUCGCAUAAUUUAUCUACGUUAUUAUUUUUUAUGUCACUUUCAGUUGUUGUGAACUCGUGUUGAGCAGCAGCCAGCUGUCUGGACAGCAAUGACCUUUAAAUCCAGAGAGCGUAAAGAGCCCAGCAGGGUUCAGGCUAUAAAUAUGAGCUUUGCUGUAUAAUUUACUUUUUAUUCAUUCUUUAAGUAUAAAAUUACAAAAACUGGCACACAGAAUAUAAAAUUUACAUGAAAAAGACAGUGAUGCAAAAAAAAACGAUGCAUACAGGAAAUGCAGGUUCAUCAGGAGCCAAACUGACCGAACACAAAGCAGGAAAAUUUCCCUGCAUUUUAUUACAACUGGGAACUCAGAAUUUCCGAUCUCCUAAUAAUACCACAGAAAAUAGUAUCUGAGUUGGGAUUCCUUCUUCGUAACUCAGGAAAGGUUUUCAGCCUUUCCCCUCUUAAAUCAGUUUUAAGCUAGGAGAACAUUAGUGGCUAAUGCUAGCAUGCUAGCUGCAGUUAGCUAUAGCUAACAAUGGUUAACAAACGAUAAAACUGUGGAACUAUAAUAUGGAGUGAACUUGCUGUUAAACAUAUUAGCUGAGAAGAGAUACCACCAGCUAACAUGUUGGCAAGUUAUCCGCUGAUUGCAGUUUAGUUAGCUCUGCUGACACUCAGAAAUACAAAAUAAAACCCACUGAGCAUAAGUACUAAUACGUAAUACAGACAAAACUGAAGAUAACAUGUUUCAUGGUAUUACAUUUCCUGCUGCGCUGUUUUAUUGUUUACUGUUCAAGCUAACUAUUUAAAAUGAGCCUCUGGGGUUAUCAAAUAUAAUUUAAAGCGUCAGUUUCCACAGUGUAACAUAGGUACUGUUUGUACUGUGUUUUUAUGAGCUUCAGGUACCUCACUAACUGAAUGGCAUAUCUAAAACAGCUGGUACAAACAUCUGUACAUGUUUACACCAGCUGGUAGUUUUUUCAUCAGAGGCCAGUUCCACUUGAUAAUGUUAACAAAAUGACCUAAUUUCUAGUUGUGUCUUAAUGUGCAGAGCUGUGAAUUUAUGCCACAGAAAUCCAGCUGAAACAAGUUUCUAAGAAACAACAGAACCACUAUUCUGCUUUUGUCAAGUAUCAAGUUAAGUUGAAGAGAUGCUGCAGAUUUAAUCUUUUAACACUGGACUGUUUUCAGGAUGGACUUUAUUUGUUUACUUUGUAAAAGCACGUUGUAAGAAAGAAUCAUGUAUUUCAGAUUGCUGUCAUUUUGUAACGGACUGUGGGGCUUUAUUGUAGAAAUAAUCUGCUGUUUGGUUGUGAAACCACUGACGUUUCUAUUUUGGGGUUGUUUUAAAGGGUUAAGGAUCUUUUCACUGUUGUAUAAUACCAUAUUUUUAUUUCAGUAACUAACAAAGGGAAGACUGAACAUAUAAAAGCCUGAAAACUAUUUACUUCUACUAUUUCUGUAUUAUAUUGGGUACAGAAAGCACUGCAUUUGUUAUGUUUAUUUUAACUUUAGUCAAGAAAGAUAUCCACCAGCUGAAACGUACAGUUUGAGGAAUUUAAAGAGCCAAACUGAUGUGUCUUAAGCUUUAGACUUGCACCGGCACAUGUAAGAAAAAUACAGACUGUAUUUCAGACAUCUUUAAAAUGUGACUUAAAAUUGUGUUAUAAAGCAUAGUUUAGACUUUCACUGGCACAAAGUUAACAGAUGAACAAGGAGCCUUUUCAUUUCAGGCUGCUUUUUGAGUGAAAGUAUUUUAAGAUAUAAACCAGGAGCAAUCAAAAUUAAGAUUUUAAUCUUCUCCAAACUCUUUUUUUUAAAUUAGAUUAAUAACUUUUAGAUGUUAUUAAAAGUGUUUUUGAUCAUACUGAUUGUUGAAAAAUAGCAUUGGUGAUAAACUUGAGUGCAAUAAAAACAUGAUAACAUAAAAACAGA